AGAUCAAUAGGAUCAAUUGCCUUCAAAAUCCCUGCGUAUUAUCUCUGUGUUGCCCUCGGCAGAAUGAUUCCCUGCAGAGCAGCCGUGACUUUUGCCCGAUGUCUGAUCCGGAGAAAGAUCGUCACUCUGGACAGUCUAGAAGAUACUAAAUUGUGCCGCUGCUUGUCCACCAUGGACCUCAUCGCCCUCGGGGUGGGAAGCACGCUGGGCGCGGGGGUUUACGUGCUAGCUGGGGAGGUCGCCAAAGCAGAUUCCGGCCCCAGCAUCGUGGUCUCCUUCCUCAUCGCCGCGCUGGCCUCGGUGAUGGCCGGCCUGUGCUACGCCGAGUUCGGGGCCCGAGUUCCCAAGACUGGCUCUGCGUAUCUGUACACUUACGUCACCGUUGGAGAGCUGUGGGCCUUCAUCACCGGCUGGAAUCUCAUUUUAUCUUAUGUCAUAGGCACGUCAAGUGUUGCAAGAGCAUGGAGUGGCACCUUUGAUGAACUUCUUAGCAAACAGAUUGGGCAUUUUUUGAAGACAUACUUCAAAAUGAAUUACACCGGCCUUGCAGAGUAUCCAGACUUUUUUGCUAUGUGCCUUAUAUUACUUCUAGCAGGCCUUUUAUCUUUCGGAGUAAAAGAAUCUGCUUGGGUGAAUAAAAUCUUCACAGCUAUUAAUAUCCUGGUCCUCCUCUUUGUUAUGGUUGCUGGGUUUGUGAAAGGCAAUGUGGCGAACUGGAAGAUCAGUGAAGAGUUUCUCAAAAAUAUAUCAGCAAGUGCCAGAGAGCCGCCUUCUGAAAAUGGAACAAGUAUCUAUGGGGCUGGUGGCUUUAUGCCUUACGGCUUUGCAGGAACUCUGGCUGGUGCUGCAACUUGCUUUUAUGCCUUUGUGGGAUUUGACUGCAUUGCAACAACUGGAGAAGAGGUCCGGAAUCCCCAGAGAGCUAUUCCCAUUGGAAUCGUGACUUCAUUGCUUGUUUGCUUUAUGGCCUAUUUUGGGGUCUCGGCAGCUUUGACACUUAUGAUGCCAUAUUACCUCCUGGACGAAAAAAGCCCCCUUCCUGUGGCAUUUGAAUAUGUGGGCUGGGGUCCUGCCAAAUAUGUUGUUGCCGCAGGGUCACUCUGCGCCUUGUCAACAAGUCUUAUGGGCUCUAUGUUUCCUUUACCCCGAAUUAUGUUUGCCAUGGCCCGAGACGGUUUACUGUUUAGAUUUCUUGCCAGAGUGAGUAAGAGGCAGUCACCAGUUGCUGCCACGUUGACUGCAGGGGUCAUUUCUGCUGUGAUGGCGUUUCUGUUUGACCUGAAGGUGCUCGUGGACAUGAUGUCCAUUGGCACGCUCAUGGCCUACUCCCUGGUGGCAGCCUGUGUUCUCAUCCUCAGGUACCAGCCCAGCUUAUCUUACGAGCAGCCCAAGUACUCUCCUGAGAAGGAAGGUCUGGAAGCAUGUCCCGGUGCCACCUCGAAAAGCGAGUCCCAGGUCACCAUGCUGCAAGGACAGGGAUCCAUCCUGCAGAGCCUCCUCAGCCCCUCCGUUCUGCCCACACGGCAGUCGUCUUCUCUCGUGAGCUUCCUGGUGGGAUUCCUGGCGUUUCUCAUCCUGGGCCUGAGUGUCCUGACCACUUACGGGGUUCCGGCCAUCACAAGGCUGGAAGCCUGGAGCCUGGCGCUUCUCGUGCUCGUCCUGCUGCUCUGCGCUGCUGUUGUCCUCAGCAUCUGGAGGCAGCCCCAGAACCAGCAGAAAGUAGCCUUUAUGAGCAAGUUUUGGCUUGAAGAAGGCUUCCUGGAAGUACCCCUGGGGAUACCCGUGUGUCCAGAGUUCCGGAGGCGUGCCAUGUCGAUGUCCGAACUAAGCCAGUAAACCCCGAACGAAGCUAAACCCUAAAAUCAGUAUUAUCUUGAUGAAGGUGCAGGUGUUAGCAGGUUGAAUAAAUCUCCUGUUGCCCUAAGCGUCAGUAAAUAAAAUGGGAUUCUCCUUUCAGCAGUCUCUAGAAGCGCAGUUUUUAUCCAGGUUGUCUUUUUUGCAGGCAUAUACAGUUACUGACAUAGUGUGAAAGUAUGCAUGUCAGAUUAAUUGCCAUCAUGUUGAAAUAAUUGGGGAGAUGUGUUUUCCAAAC